UCCUUGAAACUGGGCCAGCCUAGAAGGGUCUUGAAGGGGAAUCCAACAUGUCAUUAAAGAGGCUAAUUCAGCAGAACCGCAACGUCCAUUGCAUGGGCUACGGUGUGACUGGGAUUUACACCCCCUGCUUAGAACCGAUAGGUAGUCCUCCGCUGGACAACAGAAAGGCCAAGAGCUUCACCAAUUCAGCAGGGACCUUGCCCAGGGAUUACAAACAGCAUGCUUUGGGCAGAACAAGUUCCUUAGGUGACCCUUGCAGCCCACAAAGAAAAUCAUUCAAAAUCUUCAAAGAAGACAAUGAAACAUUUGGAUUUGAAAUUCAGACACUUCGAUUUCAGCCGCAAACCAACUGCUGCUUGGAAAGCUGCACAUACAUUUGCAAAGUAAAGGAAGGAAGCCCCGCCUCUCUCUCUGGACUCCAAAGUGGUUAUAUUCUGACCAGUAUCAAUAGAGUGAGCACUGAAGGGCUCAGCCACAAGCAAAUGGUGGACUUGAUCAAAUCAUCUGGGAGUCUGUUAAGGUUAGACGUUGUGAAUGAAGCCUUGGUUUUGAAAAGGAUGGAACUGGAAACUAAGCUGUGCCUUUUAAAGCAAACGUUGCAAGACAAACUGUUAGAGUUUCAGUCUCUGUGUUUACAGGAACAGCGCCUUCUUCGUGAUGAAGUGAAUGGCGGCUCGCCCCUUGUUCCAGUGAGGUCAGAAAAAACUAACCUGCUGAGUGACUGUACGGCAUCCGGGUCAGCCGCAGCAAACAAACCUCGGUUUUCCAGUGAAAGCAGCUGUGUAAGUCGCCUCAGCUCCAUGACAGUGGAUAGUGAGGACAGUUUCUACCAAGGCAGUGUUUUUGAGGAUCCUGCCAGCCAGACUUUUAGCCGACAAUCAAGCACAGAGGACGACUGCUUCCUCUCUAGAGACUCUACUGCCGCUGUUGUGAAGACUUCACUGAGGAGGCAUAGAAGUAUCAACGAGGCUAGCAGCGGUUCUGGGUCCCCCUUGUGGGACAGAGGCCACGCUUCAACUAUCUUUGGGACACUCCCUCGGAAAAAUAAAAAAGGAAGCAUUCGGAAGAAAUUUUUGAAAUUCAUCCCAGGUCUUCACUGGGCUGUGGAAGAGGAGGAAAGUUGUGUCUGACACACAUAGGUGGGCCCAGACUUUGACACUGUGCCUUAGACCCAGAUCAGACUUUGUUCAACAACCCAAAAGGAAGCAAAAGAAGCAGAUCAGACGGUGAUACUUAUUUUUGUGAAUUAGCCUCAGGAUAACAGUGACAUGGGGGGACAAAAGGGUGUUAUUCUUCAAGAAAACUAUCACACUGUGUCCCUGAUACUGGGAGCAUGCACGCAGCAGCUAGCAUGUAGCAAGUCUUUAGCUACCAACAUUGUACAGAGCGUAAAGAUCAAACUAGACACGGUUUUCUAAAUUGAUAGAUAGCAGUCAUGGUGGAAGGGGGGUGGGGUUCAGGAAAGGACUGCCAAAUGUGAGCAGGAGGAUUAACUGUUUCUCCAUAUACAUUAAAAAUAUUUUCAGGA